CUUUUUCCUUGGAGAUUAAGGGGAGUUGGGGCGGUGGACGGUGCGGCAGCUGUUCCCCAGUCAGGUAUAAAUAGCAGAGCGCAGCAGUGGAGAGCGUAGCAGAAGGAGGCAGCAAGGCAAAGUGGCACCCGAGUGGGGAGAAGAGGAGAAGCAGAGUGUGCGACAGGAUAGUAGCGUGGGCGCAGUGUUAGGUAGGUCAAAGCUAGGGGACCAAACAGGAGCGACUUGGAGCCGGACAGAAAAGCGCAUCGGAUCUUGGCAGCAUGUACUCCUACAAGAACGAGGCACCCAAGAGAGGACGAUCUUUUGAAUCCAUGAACUCCAACUUGGACGAGAAGCUUCUAAAUAACGAGAUCAACAAAUCGAAUUUCUGCAAGAUUGAGGAGAGCAAGGAGAAUAAGGAGAAUUGCAAUGUGUCUGUGGAGCGGGGACGAGUGGCAGUGGUCUUCUCUUUGAAGAAUGAGGUUGGAGGUCUGGCAAAAGCACUGAGACUUUUCCAGGAGAAGCACGUGAAUCUGCUUCACAUCGAGUCCCGAAAGUCCAAACGGAGGAACUCUGAGUUUGAGAUUUUUUUAGACUGUGACAGUAACAGAGAACAACUCAAUGAAAUCAUCCAGAUUCUGAAGAGUCACGUUAAUGUAGUCACUCUGAACUCGCCUGACAACUCUCAUGCACAGGAUGAUGAUAUGGAAUUCACUCCAUGGUUUCCAAAGAAGAUCCAGGAUCUGGAUAAAUGUGCAAACCGGGUGCUGAUGUAUGGUUCUGACCUGGAUGCAGAUCACCCGGGAUUCAAAGACAAUGUCUACCGAAAAAGGAGGAAAUAUUUUGCUGAUCUGGCGAUGGACUAUAAGCAUGGUAAUCCCAUUCCGUGGAUAGAAUUUACGGAGGAAGAAGUAAAGACAUGGGGUACUGUAUUCCGAGAAUUGACCAAGCUCUAUCCAACCCAUGCCUGUAGAGAAUAUUUGAAGAACCUGCCUCUGCUAAUAAAGUAUUGUGGCUACAGAGAAGACAACAUUCCUCAACUGGAAGAUGUCUCCAAGUUUCUGAAGGAACGCACUGGGUUCACUAUCCGACCUGUGGCUGGAUAUCUGUCUCCCCGGGAUUUCCUGGCUGGCCUGGCUUUCCGAGUUUUUCAUUGCACUCAAUAUGUGAGGCACAGUUCAGACCCUCUCUACACACCUGAACCUGACACCUGCCAUGAGCUGAUGGGACACGUUCCUCUUCUGGCAGAGCCGAGUUUUGCCCAAUUUUCUCAGGAGAUUGGCUUGGCUUCUUUGGGAGCCUCAGAUGAAGCAGUUCAGAAACUUGCCACAUGUUACUUUUUUACUGUGGAAUUUGGACUGUGUAAGCAGGAUGGUCAGCUGAGAGUCUAUGGAGCUGGACUGCUGUCAUCUGUCAGUGAAUUGAAGUACUCGCUCUCAGGAAAUGCCAAGGUGAAGCCUUUCGACCCAAAAGUCACUUCCAAGCAGGAGUGUCUCAUCACCACAUUUCAGGAUGUUUAUUUUGUUUCAGAAAGUUUUGAAGAAGCAAAGGAAAAGAUGAGGGAAUUUGCAAAGACUAUCAAGCGCCCGUUCAGUGUGAGAUACAAUCCUUACACUCAGACUGUUGAAGUUCUGAAAGACCUCAAGAGCAUCACAAGUGUUGUGAAAGAACUUCGUCAGGAGCUCGAUACUGUUUCUGAUGCUCUGAACAGAAUGAACAAGCAGUUCGGCAUCUGAGAAUUUCCCCUUGCUCCCCUACCCACAGAGCUGCCCCACAAGUCCACUGUUCAUUAAGCUAGGUUAUUACUGCUUUGGUAUGAAUAGAUGAAUUACCAUUCAGAACAUUAACCUGCAAAAGUAAUCAUUGAAGUCAUACCUUGGUUUAGAAACAAUCCAUAAAACCAUAAGACAUAGGAACGGAAUAAGGCCAUUCAGCCGCCACUCAAUCGUGGCAGAUGUAAUUUCCCUCUCCAUAUAACCUUUGUUACCAUUGUAAUCAAGAACCUAUCAACUUCUUCUUUAAAUAUACCCAGUAGCUUGGCCUCCACAACAUUUGUGUUAGUGAAUUCCACCAAUACACCCACUCUCUGACUAAAGAAAUUUUUCCUCAUCUCUGUUCCUUGUAUUCAGAGGCUGUUCCCUCUGGUCCCAGACUGUCCGGCUAUUGGAAAUAAUCCUCUCCAAAUCCACUCUAUCUCAGCCUUUCAAUAUUCAGCAGGUUUCAAUGAGAUCUCUCCUCAUUCCUUUAAACUCCAGCAAAUGCAAGCUCUGAACAAUCAGAUGCACUUCAUACAUUAACACUUUUGUUCCUAGGAUUAUUCUUUUAAACCUCUGCAAUGCCAGCACAUCUUUUCUUGGAAACGGGGCACAAAACUACUCACCAUACUUCAAACGCAGUCUGACCAAUGUCUUAUAAAGCUUUAGCGUUAUAGCUUUGCUUUUGUAUUCUAGUCCUCUCAAAGUGGAUACUAACAUUGCAUUUGCCUUCCUCAACCAGCAAGUUAACCUUUAAGGAAUCCUGCAUUAAGACUCCCAAGGACCUUUGUGCCUCUGAUUUCUGAAUUUGAUCCUUAUUUAGAAAAAUGUCUACACGUCCAUUACUUCUGCCAAAGUGCAUGACCAAACACUUCUCUACACUAUAUUCUCUCUACCACUUCCCCUAUUCUCCUAAUUUGUUCAUGUCCCUGCCUCCUCAACACUACCUGCCCCUCCACUUACCUUUGCAUCAUCCAUAAACUUGGCCACUAAACUAUUAAUUCGGUCAUCCGGAAUAUUAACAUAUAACAUGAAAAACAGCGGACCCAAAACUGAUCCCUGCAGAACACCACUAGACACCAGCAGGCAGCUAGAAAAAGGCCUCCUUUAACCUUUCUCUUGCCUCCUGCCAGUUAACCAAUCUUCUAUCAUGCUAGUAUCUUUCCUGUAAUACCUUGUUCAACAGCCUCAUAUGCUGUAGCUUGUCACAGGCCUUCUGAAAAUCCAAUAAACAACAUCCACUGACUCUCCUUUUACUAUCAUAAUUGUUAUUUCCUCAAAGAAUUCCAACAGAUUUGUCAGGCAAGAUUUCCCCUUAAGGAAACCAUGCUAACUUCAGCCUAUUUUAUUACGUGCUUCCAAGUACCCCAAAACCACAUCUUUAAUGAUGGACUCUAACAUCUUCCCAACCACUGAAGUCAAGCUAAUUGACCUAUAAUUUACUGUCUUUUGCCUCACUGCAUUCUUAAAGAGUGCAGUGACUUUUGCGAUUCUUCAGGCCUCCAGAACUAUUCCAGAAUCUAGUGAUCUUUGAAAGAUCACUACUAAUGACUCCAUAGGUCUUCAGUUACCUCUACCCAUUUUUGCAGAUAUCUUUGCACGGCUGAUUGAAUCUUCAGCACAUAUCCUCUUCUUCCUGUUCAAAUGACCACCUUUAAGAAACCUUUCAAUGCUCAGCUCCAGUACGGUUACCAAAACAAAUGAUCUAGUUCUGGUAGAUAUUGCAGUCACAUUUCAGUGGUUCACUUCCAGUGCUGAGGGCAGCCGAGUUUCAUAGACCAUCAGUAUCAAUCAUUUACUCUGUUGGAUGACAAAGUACGUUAAGCAGAGUUUUCCACAUCAAAAGAAAUUGUACAUGGGCACAGGUUCCUCAUUUUUCCAUUAGUUAUGAUUUAAAAUGUAAAUUAAGAGGCCACCUUGCCGACUGAUCAUCCUUGCUGUAACAGCUGCCUGUGCCAAGCACUGGCUCCACAGCUGUGACAAGCCUGGGAGCCACAGGGCUCCCAAUCACUCAAGGCCUCAAUUCAAUGGGCAUGAUAUCUUGUUCAACCAAAGAUCUGCUCUGUUUUUCAAGUGUCCAUGAAAGUCAGUUAAAAUUAAAUUAAUUAAAACCCAGCAUUAUUAACUAAAUCAGAGAAGUUUAUUCUGAAUACAUUGAGCCUCUAGUAAUUAAAAUAGAAACGUAGUGUGUGAGAGAGAGAUUCAUUUAUUUUUAUAGUUAAGUCUGGAGAUUUAUUCAAACGAGGGCAGUGGCCAUGGUAGUACAUGGCAUAUUUGGAACAGUAUAAAACUCCCUGGACUCAUCUGACAUGCAACACAUCUGCUCUUCCACUCAGCAAUGCCCAAGCAGAGGAGUCUGCAAUAUUUUAUUUAUUGAGAUACAGCGUGGAAUAGCUCUUCCAGCCCUUCAACCAUGCUGCCCAGCAAUCCCCUAUUUUAAACUCAGCCUAAUCAUGGGACAACUUAUAUGAACAAAUUAACGUACCAACUGGUACGUCUUUGGACUGUGGGAGGAAACUGGAGCAUCUGGAGGAAGCCCACUCUGUCACGGGGAGAACAUAUAAACUCCUUACAGGUAGUGGUGGGAAUGCUGGUAGGCACUCUGUAGCUAGCUGGGGUUCUGCAUGGAAAUGUUGGCUAACCAUCUGCCCAAUCUGACCAUAAUGCCCAAUCCUAAGGAAUGUUUCUUUUAUAAUGAAAGUUCCAUGAAUAGAAUGGAACCAGUAAAAGUUGUGUGCACUCCUCCAUUUGUCCAAGGAAAUAAAAUUCCUUAUUAAUAUCCUAGCUCAACUUGCAAUAUUUAGAUUUAUGGCUGAGACAGGAUAUUCUUAUUGAAAUGGUGGACUAAAUAGGUGGACUUACAGAGUAGCUAAGGAGUGAGAGAAAUGGGAAAGAAUCUUCUCAGUGCAAUCAUUUGCAGAAAAGAAUCAUGAUUCCCUGCUGCUUCAUCAGUGCCAUCAGCCAAGCAGAAAUUCUGACUUAUGCAAGGAAGCACAGCUAGACCUUUGGAUCCCCAUCCCAAAUCCCUCCCCUCCCCAUCCACCACUAAACCCCAUCAGUCAACGUAAAGGGAUCAGAGUGAGUUAGAAAUUUUUGGCUGGCCUUCCUUGUGCCUCCAGGUAAUGUUCCUGAUGUAAUGUUCUGGGCUAAGUGCUUUGGUUAGCGUUUCAGUCCCUCACCCCUUUCCCAUGGUGAGGGGGGGGGGGGGUGUUGGGGAUGGUGGAUAUCAGAAUCAUAUUAGCAUAUACUUCACCAAAUGGCGCUGAAGGCUAAUGGGGAGUAUAUCAUAUUGCUAGUAACCGAUACUUUUGGCCAGAUCAGUCAUAAAUACAGUGAUGUCAUUUCUGGAGGGAGUUCUAUAGGUGAUGCUACAUGAACAGGGAGUGGGGGAUUGAAAACCACACAUGAAAUUCUGGAAUGCCACAUGAACACUCUAGACAUUGGUCUCUUGGACAUUGGCCCCCUAAAACUUUGAAUAUUGAGAGGUUUGAUGGCUGAGUCUCCCAACAUUGUUAUGGCACUAAUCUGACAGUAAUUUAGGACAGACUGUAUCUCUACUGAUGGUUAACAAUGCAGAGUAUAAUCCAGCAACUGCACCGGAGAUUAAGACUAUAUUAUGGAGAGUCUCUACUGCUUAAUUUGAUCUGCCAUUGUGGUUGUUCACACUGGCCCUGUGCAGUAGUGUGACAGUCCACGCUCCUUAGCCACAAUCCUCAUUGUGAAGGUGGGUUCCAACAAUACUUGAUGGGUUAUAUACCAUAAGACAUAGGAGCAGAAUUAGGUAUUCAUCAUCAUUGAAUUAUUAUCCCUGUCAACUCCAUUCUUCUGUCUUCUCCCCAUAACCUUUGACACCCUGAUUAAUUAACCUAUCAACAUCCACUUUAAAUAGACCCUGUGGCAAUGAAUUCCACCAAUUGACCACCCUCUGACAGAAGAAAAUUUUCUUCAUCUCUAUUCUAAAUGGAAGUCCCUCAAUUCUGCCAAAUCGUCCUAUUGUUACCCUCACUGGCACCUGGCACAGGCAGAAAUCCAGAGAUUACUACCCUUGAGGUCUUGCUUUUCAGCUCCCUACCUAAUUCCCUAAAAUAUUUCUUCAGGACCUCCUUCCUGCUCUCACUCUUGUUGAUGACUGUCAACAGACAAGGUUAAUUAAUGAUCACCAACACUGUGGAGGAAUUAGUGCUCACUAUAUCCCCUGUAAACACAUGAUGUGUCUGAGUGUUAUAUAACCAAAGAGCGAGUUAUGUGUUGCCUAGCUGGUAGGGUUUGUUUUAGCUGCCACGUUUUCUGAAGGGCACAGUUCCAACCAGAGACUUGCUUAUGGCAUUGGAAUACUGCAGAACGCAAUGACCCAAUUAUGAGCCUUUCACAAUCAUUUCCUGGCUAUACUACAGCACUUGGGGAUCGCACGGUGGAGGCUGGGCCACCUGCACAAGAAGGAGAACAGCAACAGAGAAAGAAUUUAGUUGCGCCUGUGAUCUUUGGCAUACAGGAUGAAACCUGGGGCAAUUGUGCUUUUUGGCAAUACUCUAUUGCCUUCUUUUGUGGGGCGGCAUCAAAGGAGGCUCCCUGAUUGGUUAACUUCUUUGAAUGAAAGCUCAAGUGGAAGUAGAGCUGGCUGCAAAUAUGUAGAACUGUUUUAAUCUAGCAUCAUGCAAUGAAUUGUAUGUAUUGAAAUGAAAUUGGAAGAAAUUAUUCCCUGCAGUGUCUGUAUAAUCAGCAUUAAUCACCUAUGUUAAUUAGCAGGCAUGGUCUUCAACUGUAUGACUCUUGCUGAAUUCUAGGUUUUUAAAUGUGCUUAUCCUUGUGCCAAACUACUUGUCCAAUGCGCUUGUACUUCACAAAUAAAGGACAUCUU